AAAUUGUUGAUAAUAAUAUCGACUAUGAAGAAAAAACCAAAUCUAUUGAAGAAACUUCUGUAAAAAUUAUUGAUAAAUUACAAGAUGAAAUGUUAAAAACUUUCAAAACCAAUAAGAAGUUGAUUGAUCAACUCUCUUUUUAUUCUUUAUUUUUUGGUCAAAGUUUUCAAAUUGCUCAAGAAUUAUAUGAGCAAGAGAAAAUUAAUAGAUUAUCUCGAGAAGUGUAUAAUUUAGUUAAUGAUUUUAAUGAAGAAAUAUAUAAUAACAAUUCGUUAUAUUCAGAAGAUAAUGAAACUUUAAAUUUAUCAACAAAAAACAUUUAUGAAGUUUCUAAUUUAGUUGAACCAAUUAUUGAACAAGAAUAUUUGGUAGAAGAAACAGAAUCUAAUAUCGAAAAUUAUGUGGAUCAUUCAAUUAUAGAUAAUUUAUCUGAAACAACUUUUAAUUAA